CUGCAUGUGAUGCAAAUCAGGAAACUAUUCGGGGAAUUAGCGGGUAGAUGACGAGCUCAGUUGAUCAGGUUACAGUGAAGUGGGUCUACAUAAAAGUUGAGGGGUAAAUCCGUCGUCCUCUACAUCUCUGAAAGAUGAAAUCGAUUUCCACGCUUGUGUCUUUGGCUAUUGUCGCUGCACUCUCCAGUCCGGUGCUUUCUCAGUCACCAACAUGGGGGCAAUGUGGGGGAAUUGGAUGGACUGGACCAACCACUUGCGUUGCUGGUACACAGUGUGUGGUAUUAAACGCCUACUACUCCCAAUGCCUACCCGGAGCCGCUUCUUCCACCACCAUCCCUGCUGGUCCCCCCACCUCUACUACCGCUGUUCCCCCCACCUCUACUACUACUGGAACCGGAAGCACCCCCACAGGAUCCCUUCCCCCAGCUGGCAUACUGACACAAGUGACCAACUUUGGGCCUAACCCGAACAACGUAGGCAUGUUCGUCUACAGACCCGCAACCCUCCCAAGCAACCCUCCCCUCAUCGUCGCCAUCCACGAAUGCACGGCCUCGGCUCAAAUCUACUACUCAAGCACUCAAUACGCCAAUCUCGCGAACCAACAUGGAUACAUUGUCAUCUACCCAGACGCCCCGAGAAGCGGAAAGUGCUUCGACGUCAACACACCUGCUACGUUGUCGCACAAUGGUGGUGGAGAUUCACAGGGUAUCGCGUCAAUGGUUACCUAUGCCAUCGCCAACUAUGGCGUUGAUGCAUCUCGGGUUUUCGUCACUGGGACGUCCUCUGGAGCGAUGAUGACGAACGUCAUGGCCGGCUCAUACCCUGAACUCUUCGCGGCAGCCUCUGCAUAUUCGGGUGUACCCUUUGGCUGCUUCGCUGGUCCCAAUGCUUGGAACUCUCAAUGUUCCACAGGACAGCUCAUUCAGACCGCGCAACAAUGGGGCGACGAAGUCCGUGCGGCCUACCCAGGAUAUACGGGUUCACGUCCGAAGAUGAUGCUGUGGCACGGUACCGCUGAUACGACUCUGGCCUACCCCAACUAUGGAGAAGAGAUCAAAGAGUGGACCAAUGUCCUUGACGUUUCGCAGACACCGACGACGACGGCACAAAACAACCCACAGUCGGCAUACACAAAGACCACAUACGGCGAUGUAGUCGUUGGUUAUUCAGCUGCAGGCGUCGGACAUACAGUGCCUGUCCAUGAAACUAUGGAUUUGGCGUGGUUCGGUAUUGCGUGAUGGGUUCCCUGGUCUUGUGGCUGGAAUUUGUGUUCAAGUGGUGGAUGCAGAGUUCCUCGAGCGGUGUAAUUCGAAAAUAACUUGGAAUUAUAUUCUUUGCGAUAAUUGUUCACCGAAACACGUUUACUAAUGGCGCCUUCCAGUAAAACAAUUGAUGCGCCCGGAGAUGCUUAUACCUUCGAAAUUUCAAGCCCUCUCAGCGAGAAAACUCUGCAACCUGGACCAGAUACCUU